AUGGCUCAAGCAGAUAAAUUGUACAUCCCAAACUUAACAAUUAUUCAAAGCUUCUAUUCUGGUAAAAUAUGGCUCGCUGAGAACCAGGAGGAUCUACUUCCUAGCGAGGGAAAGUUGUGGAGUAUUCAAACAAAGACUAAAUAUAAAAAUGAGGGUAAGAUUUCUGGGAAAAUGUCAGAACAAUUUGAAAUUUUAUCGGAUUGA